GUGACAUAUCCUCAAUGGGUUACGUCGUUGACCACACUGGGCGCUUCCGCGAGCAAGUGAAAGAACUCGCUCGUGUCUAUCCUCCAAAACCGAGGGCAGAUAGAGGGAAGCAUCUUGGCGCACCUGAAAACGCGAAGGCAGCACGGGGUCAGGACGUGUACCUACCAGAAGCCUACUCGAUUCUUGGCCAUAUCCACUCAUUAUCGGGACUGCUCUAUGGCAUAAGAAAAGCUUAUUUGAAUGUCGAUGUUUCGGCCAAAUUUCGGGAGCCAACACGCCAGUUCGACCUAUCAAGCGGGUCACAUUCCUGGGCGGACAUCCGUCACCUAUCUAAUGAGGAAAGAGAUCAGAUAGAUCUCCAGGCACGUAUUAUUAUUUCUCAAUGUGCAGAGAGGGUUUCCCGCCUUGAAAAGCUCGAAGCAGCUCGAGUACAGAGCGCCUCGCGGAGCGCUGUGAACUCGCUCACAAAAUUCCUUCCUUCCCUGAUAUCCUUGGGUGAUCCUUUCGCGGAUCUCGUUGCCGCCCAUCGUUCAAAUAUCACAUGGUAUCUCACCCGCCGCCUUACUGAGCUCAGUCAGUCUCAGAAAGAGAUGCAGGAGGAGCGGAUACGACGACAAUUGGACCGCUCUCGGACACUUGGGUCGAUCGCGUCUGUCGAACACACUAAAGCUGCGGCAAUAAGAGAUGUUUAUGCUUCUAUGGGAUCGUCAUCUUCCAAUGUUCCCUCGUCACACAUCCCAGUAACCGCAGUGGACUAUAUUGAAUCCGACACCGAUGACGAUGCUGACAUUGAACUCACCCAAUCGCAAAUACUGCAGUUCGAGGAGGAAAACUCUGCGAUCCUCAAAUCCAUGGAGGACACCUUGCAGAGCGUCCAGCUAGCCGAAUCUCGUCUACUGGAAAUCAGCGCUUUACAAACAGAGCUUGUCGUGCAGCUGGCUCGACAGACCGAAAUGGUUGAUACGUUAUAUGAUGAAGCUAUGACUACGCAAACUCAAGUGGAGAAAGGCAAUGUUCAACUAAAGCAAGCGAGAGAGAGAGGACGGAAUUCGAGGAAAUGGAUCCUGCUUUUUAUUCUUAUGGCGACAUUCGCAUUACUGUUCUUACAUUUGUAUGACUGAAACUCGUUUGCAAAGUCAGAUUCCAGAUGUGUAUGAUUUAUUGACCAUUAGAGAAGAUUCACUAUUGAAUACCUGCGUAUGAUACUACUAAUACAUCAUGGACUUGCAC